GGUGCGUGAUCCGGUGGCCCCACGUGAGCCUUUGUCCUGUCAAAAGAGUUCCACUUGCCCAUGAUCAGCAGAGCGAGGGCUUUAAGCCCUUAAACCCUAGAUACCGCCAAUCGCCAAACUAAAGCCAAAUUCCUCGUCGCGACGACAGGAGACGGAUCUUCGCACGUCCCGCAACGCGCCUGCACUCUCCCUGCACCCGACCGCCACCUCCACAGCACCGCGAACAUGGCUCAACCCCAAACAUCAGAGGGUGCGACCGAGAGCAUCGAUUCAGUAUUUUUCAGCUUCUUUACGGACGAAGAAGUUAGGAGCCACAGCUUCAAGAAGAUUACCAGCCCUGUUCCCUUUGAUGAUAUGAGCAGACCAGUCCCUGGUGGAUUGUACGACCAGGCGCUGGGCCCGGUAGACGAUGGACUACCAUGCAAGUCAUGCGGUCAGAAUGCUCUACUCUGCCCAGGUCAUUGUGGUCAUAUUGACCUGGUGGCACCAGUUUACAACCCCUUGCUGUUUAGGAUUCUUCACACUCUUAUACGGAAAGCAUGUUUUUUCUGUCAUCAUUUUAGGCUUCGGAGAGAAAAGGUUCAGGCAUAUGCUUCUCAACUGGACCUCAUAAUAAAAGGUGACACUGUACGAGACUUAUGUGAGGAGGAAGAUGGUGUGACAGAUACUUCAGUUCACACUAAGGAAAGGUGUUCCACAUCCAAUUGGACCUCUUUUCAGUACCAUGAGGUGAAGUCUAUCUUGAAUAAAUUUAUGGGAGAAAAUUUUAAAAAAUGUCAAAACUGUGGGGCGAACAAUCCAAAGAUCACUAGUCCUACCUUUGGGUGGUUUCAGAUGGAUGAUAUGUUGAAUGCUGAUACUAGAGCCAAUAUCAUUAAAGGUUGUAAGCUGGAUGAGACAUUUGUUCGUGGAGCCGAACCAAGAUCUUUUAUGGACGGAGAUGCACAAAACGCUGACGAUUCUAUGUUAGGAGGAAACUCUGUUGAAUCACAUGAUACAGAACUAUCUGGUGCUGUAGAUGAUGGGAUGCCAGGAAAUGCAAGUAUAAAGCAUAAAAGCAAAGGCGGGCCGUUGCCCCCUGAAUUCUUGAAGCAGAGGAAGUUAUUAUCAGGACCUCUCUUGCCAUCAGAGGUAAAAAAUCUUCUAAAACUUUUGUGGGAAAAUGAGGCUCGGUUGUGCUUGCUUAUUUUUGACAUUCAGCAACAGAGUCUAUUUAUGACUGGGAAGAGUAGGAGUUCCUCUAUGUUUUUUAUUGAGGCUCUUCUUGUUCCUCCAAACAAGUUCCGCCCCCCUUCUAGGAAAAAUGGCAUGGAAGUGGAACAUCCACAAAGUGUUCUAUUAAGUACAGUGCUACAAUUGAAUCUCUCUUUAGGAAAAGCGUAUAUGAACAACUCUGAACGCGAAAAGAUCGUGAACAGGUGGAUGAAUCUUCAAGAAACUAUAAAUGUAUUGUUUGAUAGCAGGAAGGCCAUCCGUCAAAAAGACAGGGGGACCAGUGGAAUCUGUCAGUUAAUAGAGAAGAAGGAAGGUAUCUUCCGACAGAAAAUGAUGGGAAAGAGGGUUAAUUUUGCUUGCAGGUCUGUUAUAUCACCAGAUCCUUACUUAGCGGUCAAUGAAAUUGGGAUUCCUCCAUAUUUUGCAGUAAAGUUAACAUAUCCGGAGAGAGUGACCCCUUGGAAUGUUAACAAGUUGAGGCAUGCUCUUGUCAAUGGCACCGAAAUCCAUCCUGGCGCUACACAUUAUGCAGACAAGUCGUCAAUUGUUAGACUGCCACGAAACAGAAAUGCACGCAUUUCAAUUUCAAGGAGGUUACCCUCGUCAAGAGGUGCUGUUACACACCCUGGGAAGAGCUUGGAUUCUGAGUUUGAAGGCAAGGUUGUCUACCGCCAUUUGCAAGAUGGAGAUAUUGUACUCGUCAAUAGACAGCCUACACUUCACAAGCCAAGUAUGAUGGCACAUGUUGUUCGCGUUCUUAAAGGGGAGAAAACACUUCGCAUGCAUUAUGCUAAUUGCAGCACUUACAAUGCUGAUUUUGAUGGGGAUGAAAUGAAUGUUCACUUCCCGCAAGAUGAAAUUUCACGCGCUGAAGCAAUCGAAAUUGCAAAUGCUAAUAAGCAAUAUAUUGUUCCAACAUCUGGUGCACCCAUUAGGGGUUUGAUUCAGGAUCAUAUUGUAAGUGCUGUGCUUCUUACAAAGAAGGACACAUUUUUAACCAGGGAUGAAUACCAUAUGCUUCUGUAUGCUUCUGGUGUGUCUACUGCUGCUUCAGGUUCUUAUGUUGGUAAAUUUGGCCAAAAAGUUUGCACAUUAAGUUCUGAUGAUGAGAUACAGCCCCUUCCCCCUGUUAUUUGGAAACCAAAGCCGCUUUGGACUGGGAAACAGGUCAUAACCACAAUCCUAAACCAUAUCACUCGCGGUCGCCCACCUUUUACUGUUAAGAAGGAAGGAAAGAUUGAAGAUGGUUGUUUCUAUUCUGAGUGGAAGGAAGGAAACAUGGUAGAAGGUUGUUUCAAGCAUUGCAAGUCAAAGGGCAAAAAACACAAGUUGAUAAUUUGGAAGAAUGAGCUUGUGCAUGGUGUGAUUGACAAGAAUCAAUUUGCCAAGUAUGGCAUGGUUCAUACAGUCCAGGAGUUCUAUGGCUCUAAUACUGCUGGCAUUUUGCUUUCAGUAUUAAGCCGCUUAUUUACAGUAUUUCUGCAGAUGCAUGGGUUUACUUGUGGAGUCGAUGACCUACUAAUUGUGCAGCACUCCGACUUGAAAAGGAAAAUGAUACUAGAAAAACAUGAAAACACUGGUGCAAAUAUCCAUUCUAAGUUCAUUGGUGCCAAGAUUGCAGAGCCAGUGAAGUUGCAAAUGGAGAUUGAACGAGCAAUCCGUAGUCAUGGAGAAUCUGCAGUAACAUAUUUAGAUAUGUUGAUGUCCCAUGAGCUUAACGGUGUAACUACAGAGAUUAAUGAUGCCAUCAUCCCUAAUGGGUUGCUAAAGCCCUUUCCAAGGAAUUGCCUUUCUCUCAUGACCACUACUGGAGCUAAAGGUUCUCAGGUUAAUUUCACACAAAUAUCAUCUUUGUUAGGCCAACAACAGCUGGAAGGCAAACGGGUCCCUCGUAUGGUGUCUGGGAAAACUUUACCCUGUUUUCCUCCUUGGGAUACUGCAGCACGUGCAGGGGGCUUUAUUGGUGAUCGUUUUUUGACAGGUCUUCGCCCUCAAGAGUAUUAUUUCCAUUGCAUGGCUGGCCGUGAAGGAUUAGUUGAUACAGCCAUCAAGACAUCUCGUAGUGGGUACCUGCAACGCUGUCUUAUAAAAAAUCUUGAAUGCUUAAGAGUCUGUUACGAUCAUACAGUACGUGAUGCAGAUGGAUCUGUUGUUCAGUUUUGUUAUGGGGAAGAUGGUGUUGAUGUUCAUAAAGCAAGCUUCAUUACAGAAUUUAAAUUGCUUGCUCAAAAUCAGAGAAUCAUUCUAGAAAAGCUGAGUGGUCAACAUGAGGAUGCAUCCAACUGUUACGUUAAUGAGUUGCCCGAUGCACUCAGAGGGAAAGCAAAGGAUUUCAUUGGUACCCUCUCAAAGAAGAAGCGAGAUUCUCUUCAUUUGAGGAAGCAAAAGAACUUAACGAAUUUGGUGAAGUUCAAGUACCUCUCUAGUCUUGCACAACCAGGAGAAGCUGUUGGUGUGCUUGCUGCUCAGUCUGUAGGAGAACCAUCAACCCAGAUGACGCUCAACACAUUCCAUCAUGCAGGCCAAGGAGAAAUGAAUGUGACGCUUGGAAUCCCACGUUUACAAGAGAUUCUUCAAAGGGCUUCUGCCAAGAUUCGAACUCCAAUUAUGACAUGCCCUUUGCGAAAGGGCACCACGAGGGCUGAAGCUGAGCGUCUUGCUGCAAAAUUGAAGAUGGUUAGUGUAGCUGACAUUGUAGAGAGUAUGGAGGUCUGUGUUGUGCCAUUUUCUGUUCAUCAGGAGGGUGCCUCUACUAUUUAUAAGCUGAAGAUGAAGCUAUUCCCACCUGAGCUUUAUCCUCCAUAUUCAGAUAUAACAUUAGAAGACUGUGAGGAAACUCUCGAGGUUUUGUUUAUCAGGGAAUUAGAGGAUUCGAUACAGAGUCAUAUCAAAAUGCUAUCUAAGAUCAGGGGCAUCAAGGCAGUCACAAAUAGUGAGGAACACAAUACCACUAAAGAGACAAGUGAGGAGGAACCCGGAAGCAUUUCCCACCAAGUAGGAGAAGAAGAAGAUGAUGAUGGUGGUGGCGAAGGGGAUGAGGUUGCUGACGAUCUUGGUGGCGAUGCACAGAAAAGAAAACGGCAGGCUAAAGAUGAGAUGGAUUACGAUGAUGGUAUGGAAAGCGAGGUCCCCAUAGUUGAAGACGAGCUCAAGGAAAGUAAGCAGUCAACGGGAUUUGAAAGUGAAAUCGAUCAAGUCGAGGAUGAUGGUGAUUAUACUCUGGGAGGUGAAAGUGAGAUCAUGGAAGGUGAAGAUCAGAUAUUUGAUGCUGAGGAUGAAGCCCCUGGAAGCCCAUCAAAGCCUGAUUAUGUCUCAAAGUUAAAAGAAAGCAACAGCGAAUUGAAACCAAAAGCCAAACAGAGGAAAGGCAGAGGACACCUAAUCAAGAAGAAGACUGAUAGAGCAAUUUUGGUGGUCAUCAAUGGAUUGAAGUUUGAGGCUCAUUUCUGCUUCAGGGAUGAACCUCAUAUUCUAUUGGCUCAGAUUGCUCAGAAGGCGGCCAAAAAGGUAUAUGUGAAGAGGUCCGAGAACAUUGAUCGGUGCUCUGUGAUUGGCUAUGAGGAGGAUAAUAAGAAAGGGGAGGGUACCCCGUCGCUGCAGACUGCUGGAGUGAAUUUCCGUGCAUUUUGGAACCUGCAGGACAACCUGGACAUCAGGAAUAUAGUCUCCAAUGACAUAUAUGCAAUGCUCAACACCUACGGAGUGGAGGCGGCAAGAGCUACCAUCCUGAAAGAGGUGUAUAAUGUUUUCAAGCCCUACGCGAUUUCCAUUGACAUCCGGCACCUAACCCUCAUCGCUGAUUAUAUGACGGCGGAUGGUGGGUACCGACCAAUGAACAGGUUUGGCAUGGCUGACAGCAGCACCUCACCUUUAUGCAAGAUGUCAUUCGAGACAGCGACCAAGUUCAUCGUUGAGGCGGCCCUUCAUGGGGAGGUUGAGAGGUUGGAGUCUCCGUCAGCGAGGAUUUGCCUGGGCCUGCCGGUGAAGAUGGGGACGGGUUGUUUCGAUCUGAUGCACAACUUAGAGGCUUGAUUAUUAUUGUUAAAAAGAAGAAGAGAGGUAGGUGUGGGUGACCUGGAGAUAAACGGAGGGCCUGAGUUCAGUGCAUUGGUUCCUACUAUCCGAAGAUGGAAAUAAGAAAUAUGCAUAUUGGAUGGUGGGAGGUGUCCUUGCGUGAUCCUUUCCCAUUAAAGAAGGUAUUCACAAAUUUUGUAUUUAUCAUUUUUUUAAAUCCAAUCUUGUAUGAUCAUCUAGGUUUUGCUGUAAAGCUGCUCAUGCCUUAAGCCUAGAUGGUCGCCGUGUCAUGUUACGAGCUUGAUCUCUGUCCACUGCGGCAAGCAGAGAAAAGAAAAAAGAAGAAUGUCUUGAUAUUCAUUAAGUUUUAUUAGGGGAAGUUCAGUCAUUUAGAA